GGACGGGAGCUUUUUCACCAUUCAUCCCCGCUUUCCCUCCGCCUCCUCCGUCAGUCAGAGAGCGGCGAGAUGGUGAGGAGAGAGAGCCACCACCACCACUGAUGAAGCGCUGCACCGGGAACGAACCAGAGAAGACCGACGUGCGUUCCCCCCAAAGUCGCGUACACGCUCUUUGUUCGGCGACGUCGUGGAUGCUACCGUAAUCACUGGAACCUUGCAUUGGAUUGUACUUGCAAAUGUUGGGAUUUCUAGUUGCAUUUUUUGCGUACGGAUUUACAACCUUUUUUUGCUCGUGUUACCCACUCUAGGAUUGUACUCCCCAAGUCGUUCGUUCGUUGUCUUAGGAUGAAGCCGUGGACACGAGUAAGCACGUUAUAACGCACUUGUCGGACAGUUUUGGAAGCGAGAGAUGCUCGGUUUAAACCUGUGAUAAAACGGGCCAGGUAAUGGGAAAGAAACCGAACCGCCAGAACAACGGAACAUUGUUGGCUACGGGGUCGAAUCGGGCGCAGCCUGAGCACAAAUAGCUCGCGUAAAUUUGAUUUGGAGCCCCGUUGGAGUUGAUGAGAAAUUAAUGUGGGAACGCUACCAAUACAGGGAUGAUCUAGCCGUGCCACCCAGCGCUUUCAUUCGGAUCCAAACGAGUUACUACGGGGGAGAUUUUGGACUAUAGCUCGCUACUACUGUGCGUAAUAAGCGCCCAGAGGCUUCGGGGUGCCUGCGGUCAGAUGGAGUUGCACUUUAUGGGUGACGGGGUUGAGAUGGCGAGGCGUGGGAGCGCUAAUGGAGCGGUCAUCCUUUUGGUUUUCUUGCUGGAUUUAGUGGGGACGACGGCCAGCAGCAUGGAACCGAUCUACUGGAACUCCAACAACGAAAGGUUCCGUGACGACAAAGGCUACGUGCUGUACCCUCAGAUCGGGGACAGACUAGACCUGAUCUGCCCUCCCCUGGACACUGCACGAUCCACCCCAGAGUACGAGUUCUACAAGCUGUACUUGGUGGCAUCCCGGGACCAGGCGGACCGCUGUGAAGUGACCGGGACCCCAAACAUCGUGCUGACGUGUGACGAACCCACCCGCGAGCGCCGAUUCACCAUCAAAUUUCAGGAGUUCUCCCCCAAUCUGUGGGGCCACGAGUUCAAGAGCAUGCACGACUACUACAUCAUCGCUACUUCAGAUGGGACACGCCAGGGCCUGGACAGCAUGAGGGGAGGAGUGUGUGCCACGCAGGGCAUGAAGGUGGUCCUCAAAGUGGGACAAAGUCCAUAUGGGCUACCCCCGAAAAAACAAGACCCGCCUCCGCGCUCGAACAACCGAAACUCAGGUGGCUCAGGGAACAACACUCAGUCCAGAGGCACCUUGGAAGAUGGGGGGAAUGGGCCUCUGCAGCCCUCUAACAUCGCUCUGAUUGCAGGGGCUGCCGGGGGGUCGGCCUUCCUCCUGCUGGUCACUGCAGUCAUCUGUGUGGUGUGUUACCGACGACGACAUGCUAAGCACUCGGACACACACCACCCACCUCUGUCCCUGUCCUCUCUGACCAGCCCCAAACGGGGUGGAGCCGGCGCCCUCUCCAGCUCCAACAACAACGGCUCCGAGCCCAGUGACAUCAUCAUCCCUCUGCGGACGUCGGACUCGGCCUACUGCCCGCACUACGAGAAAGUGAGCGGGGAUUACGGCCACCCCGUGUACAUAGUGCAGGAGAUGCCUCCUCAGAGUCCUGCCAACAUUUACUACAAAGUAUGAGGACAGCCCUGUGUGGACUGGCUGGUCCCUGUGGACCUACCACAUUUAGAAUGGAAGCAUCACUUGCCUUUCCCCGGAGUCCUCUGGACUCUUGCACACCUGAUCCUAUGGUUUCCACUCAGCGGGCAGCGGACUGGAGGGCAGCCCUGUUUUAGGGGGCAGCCCCUUUGCCCCAAAUCCCCCUCCAGAUAAGUCCCAGGCCAGUCUUUUAUACAGACUCUCCCUGGCACUGGUUUAUGAAGAGCACCAGGGCUACACCAGGACCUGCCUAGCACCACCCCCAGGAGCUCUUCUGGACCAAUCAAACCCCAGCCCUCACCAAUAACUCAUCCGUAGGAUUCUAUUUUGUUCUGUUUGGUUUCUCUGAGCAGACACAGGCACAGACUGGUCAACCAGCGGACAUGUACAUGUUACAGUGUGUGAGCAAAGUGGGUGUGUGUGAAGUUGUUGGGUGCCCAUGGUCUGAUGGGUGCCUAUGGUCUAAUGGUCAUGAUCUGUGGGUGCCCCUGACCUGCGGGCGAGUGGGCGUGCUGCGAGUGCUUGUGUUCUUUAGAUUGUCUUAAAAAAACCAAAACACUAAAUAGCAAGCAUAAAUGAGAAGAGUGAGAUUUUCUAUCACUAUUGACACUUAGAUUAUAUAUAUGAAUAUCAACUUUUUAUUUUAUUUUUGUUAUUGUUGCAUUUUUUACCCUGUUUUGUUCCAUUUUGUGUAUUUCAUAGAGCAAUCGUGUUUCCGUACAUUAGUUGGACCAUCACUUGAGUUCCAUUCCGACAAAGGCUCUCCUCAGCCCGGGGUCUGUUGGCCCUGUGUAUAUUUUUAUAGCUUCUCGUUCUAUGCCAUAGUUUUGGAUGUUUAGAUCUUGUGAAAAAGUGUUGAGGUAGAACUCAUCUACGAAAGAUUUGUGCGCAAACUUCUUUUUUCAAAACAGAAAGCGCAGCAGCGUCGACGGUGUUUGGAUGGUUGGCGGGUGAGCAAAAAAAUUGAAAAAGGCGAAUACGUUCCUAGUGAUGGAAUUGCACAAAAGGACUAAGGAUUGCGCCUAUAUACUAAGACUUUUGGAGUGGUCGCCCGCCCGUUCACAGACUCACAGAAGCUGGAGACCGGUCAGUUCCGUGGAGUGGCGAUGGGCCGCUGCUGCAGAGGUCCAGCCCCGAUGUUCGUGUUGGCUCCACAUUGCUUUCGUGUAGUGGUCUUUCUACCCAAAUUGCCUAAGUGAGUGCGUCUGUGUACACCUGGACCUUAUCUUACCUUAAUGCAUUUUGACCUGUUUUGUCUGUUUAACACAUGAAGAUGUUCUGUUUUGUACCAUGGAAAGAUGAGUUGUAUUUAGACACCGAUGUUUAGUAAGGCGGCCAUGUUGUAAUUUUUCUGUGUGCUGUUAAGUCUGUCUAUUUAAACAUUGCUCAAAGUACUUAACCUGGCCCAAGCCAAAUGAUUUGUCACUGCCUCCACCUCACAAACACAAAACAUGAGUAUCUACAUGGGAUAGAAAUGGCUUGAAUUCAGAAUAUGAAUCUUGAUUUUAGCAGUUUUGAGAAUUAGGGCUGCGAGAUUAACUAAAAUCGCAAUUUGAAUCAACACAGCUAGCAAAUAGUAAAGCCUGCAGUUUUUAAGUACCAUAAUUCCUUCCACAAACAAAAUAUCCUGUGUUAUUCUGCAUAAAAACUGUACUUUAGAUCUGUACAAACAUGUGAUUGUUGUAUUAGUCAGAUUUCAGUUUUUUGUGAGUUCUUCUGGAUGUUUAAAAUGGGAACUUUGAACAGAAUCCUAUUAAUAAAACAAAAAGCAAAUCUAAUCGCAUUGCCUGUCUGAAAAAAUGCAAUUAGAUAUUUUUUUCCAAAUCAUUCAGCCCUAUUGAGAAAAUUGUACUUGACUACUUAAAAUUAUGACACACUUUACCAAUACCAUAAGCUUCUCAAAGAGCUAUAGAUAUGGUGAUUGUAAUCAAUUUAUGUAGGCAGAGCCGCUCCGAGAUGAACUGUGUAUGAAUCAAGUGUCUCAUCACACAAAUAUAUCAUGGCAAAAUGCAGACCACCAACAUUAUAGUUAUAAGGCAACUGCUCAACAAAACUCGACAAAAGAUUAACAAAACAGGGUAAGAAUUCAUAAUAAGAACUUUGGGAGUGUUAUGCAAAUUCGAGUUUUUGGAGCUUUUUACCAUGUUAUAAUGUUCCCUCAUCAAAAACGUGUCUGAAGAAGUUUUAAAUGUCAUCCAUGUAUGUUUGAGUUUUCUAGUGAUCUCUCUGACCAGUAUUCGAAUCCUCCUUAUGGUUAGCAGGACAAGCCUGUACAAGGCUCAGCCCACAAGCCAACAUCAUCCAUGCUCCAACUUUUCAUACAACUUCACUGCGAUAUGCAGUAGUUCCAUUAGCCAGACUCAGCGCAACAAAAACGAAACAAAAACUUGUUAUUAUGAUGAUUCAGGUAAUUUUGCUUUUUCAAAAGAAUAUUUGUAACAUGGUCAUCUAACUAUGGAGUUACUACCCCAUAGAAGUAAAAUAUACCCUCUUUUAAAAAAAAAUCUAAAAACUGCUAAAAAUGUGUGCCACUGUGGUGAACUAAACGAGAUAAGAAUGCAUAAUGAGAAACCCUUUACAAUAUUUUAAAGUAAUACAAAAUAAAAAGCAAAACCCACAUUGUGGAAAAACAAAUCUAAAAACUGCUCUCAAAUCUAGAUCAAUUAAGAAUCCAAGUCAUUUGACCUCUUGUAGAUAUUCCAACAUGUUCCUCUACUUUUGGACUUGUUUUGGUUUCAUGGCGUCUGUAGCUCUCUCUCUCUCUCUCUCUCUGUCCCUUUUUGUGACAUUUUUGUAUUUUUCAAACUGCUUUGUCUUUUUGGAAAAGUGAAAGAAUUGGAGUGGGGGGUUGGUGGAAGCGCGUGCGUGUCGAUGUGAGUGUCUCUUUGUGCCAACAGCCAGCUAGCCCCUGCACUGUAAAAAGCACAAAAUGAAAAUCUUAGUGACGAGAUCUUAAAUCUAAAUAUUCAUCUCAGUUUGACUAGUUUCCUUGUAUAUUGAGUUGUUUUAACAUAAUUUUUAUUGCCAAUAGUACACAUAUGUUUUUGAUGUUUAUUUUGUAUUUCGAGUGCAAUAAGAUUUUUGUCAUUACGCUGUUCUCUUUUUUUGUCAGUGGUUGCUACAGUAAAACGUACUUUUUUUUUUUUAUGUCAGAUGCCCUUCCUGAGUGGACAGUGGUUUACCUGUAUUGAAACAUAAUAGCUGGAUACAAACUGGUACCUUGGUGAAAGUUUAAACCACCACACCACUGCUGCCCCAUACCAUUUCCAGAAUAUUUAAAUAUCAUUUUUGAAUAAUAAUAAUAAAAUUAUGAAUCAUCUCAAAUUAUUUAAGUCCAAGCAAAUAUAAUGAAACUAGUAAAAACUACUCAAAUUCCUACGUAUUUUCUAAAUAGUAAUGUAAGUUGUGUAGAUUUUGUGGUUUUUGCAGUGUAUCCAGAUGGCUGCGGCGUGAUUUGUUCGGACUUUGUAUACGGGACAGGCUCGUGUGAGUCUUCUCUCUCUUCUACCCCCCAUGUCCCCCUCCCUCACCCCUCAAUCUCCCCCGUGACCCAUCCCCCCUUCCCUUUCCUAACCCCCACCCAUCCUGUCCCAUCACACACCUCAAAAGAGAGGGACAAACUGGUACAUUCCUGGUUUGGAGCAGAAAAGAUUGAAUAAAAAAGAGAAAAUGUUUAAGC